AUGUCAGCAGAAGAAUAUAAAGCUCAAGGUAAUCAAUCCUUCGCAGCAAAGGAUUUCACCAAGGCUAUUGAGUAUUUUACAAAAGCCAUUGAGGCAUCGCCAACUCCAAAUCAUGUCUUGUAUUCCAACAGGUCAGCAUCAUAUGCAUCAUUGAAGAACUUCAAGAAGGCUUUAGAAGAUGCGGAAGAAUGUGUCAAGGUUAACGAUUCAUGGGCAAAAGGUUACAAUCGUGUUGCCUCUGCACAACACGGAUUGGGUAAUUUAGAUGACGCUAAAACUUCUUAUAAGAAGGCAUUAGAAUUAGAUCCAAGUAAUGCAAUGGCCAAGGAUGGAUUGAAGAGUGUUGAAGACAGUGAAAGGGCUAGAAAUUCGCAACCUGAUAUGGGAUUAGGUGCUAUGUUUUCUGAUCCUAACUUGAUCACCAACUUGAAAAAUAAUCCUAAGACUAGUGAAUUAAUGAAGGAUCCGGAAUUAGUUCAGAAGGUGGUUAACAUGCAAACCAACCCACAAGCCAAUGCAACUCAAUUUUUAAGUGAUCCAAGAUUAAUGACCAUUAUGGCCACUUUGAUGGGUAUUGACAUGGACGCUCCUGAACCACCACAGCAACCUUCUCAGUCUGCACCAAAAUCUGAACCAAAUCAAGAGCAAAAGUCCGAACCAAAGAAAGAGGAACCUUCUCAAGAUCAAAAAGAUGUAGAAAUGGAAGAUACUGAGGCUACGCCUUCAUCAAAAGCUGAUGCUGAUCUCGCAAAAGCCGAAGGUAACAAGUUAUACAAGCAGAGAAAAUUCGAUGAAGCAAUUGAGCAAUACAAUAAGGCUUGGGAAUUACAUAAUGACAUUACCUAUUUAAACAAUCGUGCUGCUGCUGAAUACGAAAAGGGUGACUAUGAUACAGCAAUUAAAACAUGCGAGACUGCUAUUGAACAAGGUAGAGAAGUAAGAGCGGACUAUAAAAUUAUUGCUAAGUCCUUUGCAAGAUUAGGAAAUGCGUACUUGAAGAAGAAUGAUUUACAGUCUGCAGCAAAGUACUUUGAUAAAUCAUUAACUGAACAUAGAACCCCUGAUAUUUUGAAUAAGUUAAGGGCUAUUCAAAGAGACAUAAAGAUUCAAGAAGCAUUAAGUUAUGUUGAUCCAGAAAAAGCUGAAGAAGCUAGAUUGCAAGGUAAGGAGUAUUUUACGAAAAGCGACUGGCCUAACGCGGUAAAGGCUUAUACUGAAAUGAUUAAGAGAGCCCCUGAGGAUGCAAGAGGUUAUUCUAACAGAGCUGCAGCAUUAGCUAAAUUAAUGUCGUUCCCUGAUGCAGUUCAAGAUUGUAACAAGGCUAUUGAAAAGGAUCCAUCAUUCAUCAGAGCUUAUAUUAGAAAGGCUAAUGCGCAAUUGGCCAUGAGAGAAUAUUCCCAAGUUAUGGAAACUUUGAAUACUGCUAGGGAAAAGGAUUUACAAGUCGGUGAAGGUAAAAAUGUUUCCGAAAUUGACCAAUUAUUUAACAAGGCUCUGUCACAAAGGUUCCAAGCCCUCGAAGGUGAAACCCCGGAACAAACUAUGGAAAGAGUUUCAAGGGAUCCUGAAAUUGUUAGUAUUUUGCAAGACCCUGUUAUGCAAGGUAUUUUAGGCCAAGCAAGAGAAAAUCCGGCUGCGUUGCAAGAUCAUAUGAGAAACCCCGAAGUUAGCAAAAAGAUUAAUAUGUUAAUAGCUGCUGGUGUAAUUCGUACCAGAUAA